UGCUAGAAAGAGAGAAAGCAUUUGCGCAAACGAGACAAAAGAUUUAUUAAAGAAAAUUUAAAGGAAAUCCCAUUCAAUUUCCGAACGCGCUAGAAAGAGAAACACGAUAUAAGUGCGUGUAGGACAGAGCUAGAGUACGAAAAUAGUGCGUUUAAAAUUAAAUUAGUGAAAAAAUGCCUAGCCGGGAUUCAGUGAGUGAAAGCGCGGCAGCGGGAGACACCGCCGGUAUCGCGCAAUGGUGGCAAACACCAUGGAAAACGAUGGCUGACUUAGCCGAAGCUGUCGAUGACCUCAUAUGCAGCUUUGAUUAUAUGGACACAGCCAUGGACAAUCUAGUCAUGCUCAUUUUCAUAUGGAUUCUAUUCUCCUUAGUGCUGUUAGGCAUCGCGAAAUGGGCGUACACGAGAUACAGUACCAGGACGCCAGAAAUCAAAAAGGAUGAGCCAAAAACGAACGAUGAACCGAAGAAAUCUACAGCGAACGAAAUUAUAUCUAGUGCCGAUAGUGUUUUAGCGACAAGUGCUAAAGUUAAAAGUGCCUCAUUCAAUUAUAAACCACCAGUAAAGGCUUCUGGAUUUGUACCAGCUACUCCUCCUAACAAAAAGCGUAUAGGGCGCAUGUCCCCUGGACCUGAACAGAUUAAUAUAAAGAAACAUCAGAGUAUCAUCGUACCUACGUGUACGGGCCCCGACGCACCAAGUGUUCAAUGGGUGAACGAAUUGUUAACUUGGUUAUAUAAUGAUUUGGUUAUAGUUAACGAGAUAGUUCAGCUGUGGAUUGUUUCUAUGAACGAGUUUUCGAAGAAAUCUGUGGAGGAGCAAGGCAUCGGCGUCGAGUUGGUCCGCGCUCUGGACAGCCAUCCUCCAACUGUAUCCAAUGUUUUCUGCGAAUGCGACUCUAAGGAUGAUGUUACUAUCACGUGUGACAUCGAAGCGACUCCUGCGUUCCAGCUGAAAGCCUUCAGCCAGCGUGGUGAGAAGGUCGAAGUAUCGCAUUACCGGGUUAACGUGAACAGGUUUCGUUCCCGCCUAAAUGUAGUCUGCAUAACGGAGAAGCUAACGGGCAACAUCAAGUUCGACGGCUGGCCGGACGUGAAGGUGGUGCUGGCACCUGUCGGUGCUCUGAAGCCUAAUGCCAACGAGAAUAACCUUCAAACGCUGGUGAAUGACAUUGUGGUAAGCGCGCUGCGCAACACAUGCUUCGAUUUCAACUUGUCACAGUACCCUACCUGUCCGCGCCUUAGAAGAUAUGUGGACACCUCUCACCGACUGCCGCUGCAUUAUGACUCACUCCUUCAAGAUCGCGAGCGGCAACUGUACACCGCCACUCCCACCUCGAUGGGCAGCGCAGUACAACUCCUGGCUGACAAAAGACUUCUCGUCAAAAUCGUCAGCGCUAAAGACCUUGGAGGCAAAACGGGAUGCAUUGCACCUUACUGCGUUGUGGAAAUGGACGAGCCUCCUCAGAAGAACCAAACUGCGUUCAAGAAAGAAACCACCAGCCCGCAGUGGGAGGAACAUUUCCUAUUCGACCUUUCCCCACAAACAGCCGAACUUCUUUUCGAAGUAUACGACCGCACGGGACCACCGUCUCCCGGCGGGGGAACCUCACAGCACCGCUUCCUGGGCCUCGGGCUGGUGGGGAUCGACGAACUGCUGGCCGCUCCUUCGCAGAGGCAGCAGAUCGCGUUGCAGACCAGACCUAUGGAAGAGCAUGAUGUUAGCGGCGUGCUAACUGUAGAGUUCCUAUUCAUUGAAGGGCCGGACAUUCCGGAGCUAGGCUCCCGGCCGGUGAAGAUCAAGGAGAGUCUCCGGACUGUCUCACCGCAAGGUCUUCUCACUACCACCACCAAGACUAUCUUUAAGCAAAACGGUCACAACAAGUCCCAACUGACAGAAUCAGCACUAAGAGAGCUGGAACUAAGCCCAACAAGCGCCGCUAACAAAUCUACGCUUAUCAUACAUUCUGUACAGCGGGAACCGAAAAAAUGUAUAAAGGUGGAAAUGACAGAAUCGGGAAAAUUCAUUGAAAUAGAACGAGAUAGCGCUGACAAUGACUGUGCCAUAGACAAGAUAGAUGAGGAGAAUGAAAUGGGUAUGAACAAAGACAAUAAUAAAACGGCCACAGAUAAAGAGAGAAUGCCAGUAACAUCGAGUCCAAAUCAAUCACCGGGUAAAACGGUGAGAAUCAAAGAAAACGGGACUCAACCAAACGGGGAUAAAGUUGGUCAGCCCGGUGACAUCGUAAACAAUCAACAACAAGACGCGCCACCCGAACCCGCGCCGCGAAAAAAGAAAAGAGACUUCUUUGGAACCAUUAAAAGAAGGUUGGGUCGAUCUCGCACUCGCGGCCAAUCUUUGGAUUAUCCCGACAGUGAGUCGGAGAACCGCAUAAGAAGCAUUAGCGCUGAAAGAAAUAGCCACGACAAAGCUCUGGCGAUCCCAAAUAGAAACGUGUAUUCUGCCGGCGCGUCGCCUGCACAAUCCGGGGAUGAGUCAAGGACUUCUAGAAGGUCCUCUCUCAGUGAAGUGUCGGGCUUCAGCACCGCAUCAGCGCGUACAUUCAUCCACGAAGCUUCAACGCUAGUCCUUGAGACAAUUGAAGCUGGUAUCAAGAAACACUACUUGGUGCCUUUGACGGUCGCCCAACGGUCAAGAUGGCGACGGAAGGGCGUCAAGCUGCAUAUUUAUAAUGAGCAUACUUUUAUUGCUAAACAUCUUAGCGGUGGCACUGUCUGUGAGGUAUGCCAGAAGACGAUAGCGCGACGGCUCGGCAAGCAAGGAUACGAGUGCCGCGACUGUCAGCUCAAAUGCCACAAACACUGCCACAUCCGGGUGCCCAGCACCUGUCCUCAAUCCACUGUGCCCAAUAUGGAGCUAUCUUACAUCUCAUCUCCAUACACGGACAAGAAUAUAAGAAUGUUGUGAUUUUACAACAAAGAAAAAGCGCUUGACAUACACAAAACAAUUUUAAAAUUCAACAUCAAUUUAAUUUAUUUAAAUUAUAAAUGUUAUUUUAAAUUUUAUUUUAAUAUAAAUUGUUAUGCCACAAAAACUCUCUAAGUACAACACUCAUGUACGCUAAAUAUUAUACAUACAUAAAAUUGUACCUAUAGGCUUUUUUACAAGUAUAUUUACAAUAGUUGUAACGUUAUUAAACUAGUUUUAAGAAGAAAUGUAAGUGGUUCUAAAGGCGAUGCUGUGCUAAUUUGAGGUAAACACACAUCUAUCAUCCAUUAAUCAUAGCCGCAAAAGCUGAUAAUACCGUUUACCGGCAUUUUCUCACAUCUAUUAAAUAUUGUACGCAAAUAUUAGUACGUUGGGUAAAUUUCUGAAAAAU